AUGGCAGUUGAAAUUGGUCAGUUGUGGAGCAUCAAAUGGAAAGGUGAAGCUGUUGUCAUCCCUGAGGAUUUGGUGGUUGUGGCUGCUGGUGGGCAAUGCUUUCUCAAAAUAAGAGCAUCCCAUCAUGCCAUCACCAAGCUGAUUUGCACAAGCCACCAAACAAAAAACAUGUCCCUUGCAGGGGGGACCAACAUGAAGGCUUUGGUGAGCACAGUCCAUGCAGCAACCUUUGGGAGGCCACAUGACCAAGACCAAGGUAAUGAAGAUGACAAGGAGCUGUUUCAAGAUGAUGGAAGGGAAAAGAAGAGACAUAAAAAAAUGGGGCCUGCAGAGCACCCAGUCUCUGUGCAAAUUACUUUGCCAAAUGAUGCUGGGACAUUGGAUGUUUUGUGGCCUGCAAGCAAGCGCUCUGAUGUGGCCAUCCUGAUGGAGCCUAGCAAUCUGGAGAUUUGCUUCAACUUUUUGGAACAUGAUUGUGCAGACUGUGCAGAGUCUGGUAAGAGGACUUAUUACAAGUCUGGAAAGAAGACUACACAGCUGCUCACAGGGGCUUGGCUGCUGACAGAUGCCCUGAUCAAUGGAAUUCCGGCCAUCAAGAAGAAAGACUCUGAUCUAUGGUUGUGGUGCAGCCCAGCAAAUGCUGCAUGGUACAUCAGUGCACAAUGUGUUUCAGAUGGGGUUGCUUGGCCCAAUAUGGAAUGCUAUUGCAAGAUCCUCGACAAGGACAAGUCUCCUUCAGGUGAAAUCUUCAUCCCUCACAACAGCAAGGUGGCUGCAGAGUGGGUCCUCACUUCUGCCACUGUUUUUGUGGCAAAGAUGAGCCACUCCUUGGUUGGCAGGUUCAAGGGCAGCCAAGUGAUGUAUGCAGAAUUGCAAAAGCAAUAUGAUGCUCUGAAGGCUGAGAAUGAUCAGCUGAAGCUGGAGAUUGCACAAGCUGAAUUGGCCAAGGUGUGGCUUUACAAAAAAUACUGCACUGUUACCUGUGGUGAUUGCACUUCAGCCAAAGCGAGUUCAUCAGGUGUGCCUGCACCAUUGAUGCCACCUCCUCCUCCAAGAGCACCUGACUUUGGACCCUAUGGGAAAGGGAAGGUGGAGCAUGAGGGUGGCAAAGGCCAGAAGGGCAGUGCCAGUGCCAUGUGGAUGGCAGGACAGUCAGGCAACAAGGUACCAUCUGGCUGGAAGAAUUAUAUGGUCCCUUUGAUUGGAGUGCCUGGUCUAAAUCAUACCACUUGGAGCCAUUGUACCUACAAGAUCCUAUCAUGA